CCUCCGCUCUCCCACUAUCAGCCGCUCAGUCCGUCUCAAUAUGUCUCAAGAUGGCGGCCAAUGCGGGAUCGAUGUUCCAAUAUUGGAAGCGCUUUGAUUUACAACAACUGCAGAAAGAGCUGGAUGCCACUGCUUCAGCCUUGGCCAACAGACAGGAUGAGAGUGAACAAGCCAGGAAAAAGCUCAUUGAUCAGAGCCGCGAGUUCAAAAAGAACACACCUGAGGAUCUGCGAAAACAGAUAGCGCCGUUGCUAAAGGGCUUCCAAACAGAGAUUGACGCAGUCAGUAAAAGGAGUAAGGAGUCAGAAGCUGCCUUCCUUAAUGUCUACAAGAGAUUAAUCGAUGCCCCAGACCCGGUGCCGGAGUUGGAAGCUUGCCAGCAGCUCCAGCUGACAGUGCAGAGCAUGCACGAUGUGGAGACAGAGAACGAGAGCCUCCGGCAGGCCCUGGAGGCCUACAAGCAGGACCGAGCCCAGCUCCAAAAUCAUGAAAUGACAAUUAAGGCGCUAAAAGAGCAGAUCCAGGAGUAUGAGAAGACCUUGAAACAGCAGGCCAAGGACCUGGGGCAAGAGGAGACGCAAGCAAGCCAAAAGGGAAAGCAGGAGGGCGAGAAGGAGGGGGUGACAGAAGAGAGCGAGGAGAGCAACAAAGUCCACAACAACCACACAGAGGAGAAGAGUGAGGACGGUGAACAGCAGGACUUGGCUGAAUCAAAUAUGGAGGAGCCAGACACCGAAGCCCAGCCCCUGCAGAUAAACGCCUUCAAGACAACUCAGACAGAGGUUUUGGACCUGAAGAGCAAGUCUGACAAAGAGUCAACAACAAAGGCAGAUGAGAUUAAGGUGAUGAUGUCAGAGUUGGAGAGAGCCAAUCAGAGAGCAGAUGCAGCAGAACAGGAGAUCGAGGCUCUGCGGGAACAGCUAACAUCUGCUAACAACUCCCUACAGCUGGCUACUCAGAUCCAAAAUGCUCCAGAUAUGGAGCAAGCCUUGGAAGUGCUAUCACGCUCCAAUCUGGAGGUGGAGCUGAGUGCCAAAGAGCAGGAGGUGCUGCAGUUGGCAGAGGAUGUGCAGAGACUGCAGGCCAGUCUGGACAACAUGCAAGAGACCUCAGCCUUGCAAAUAAGCCAGCUUAAACAGGAGCUCAGCACCAAGGAGUCCACACUCAAGCAACUGGAAGAGAAGCUCCAUGAGCAAGCCGACUAUGAGGAGCUCAAGAAGAAGCUUAGUAUCCUCAAGUCCACAGAGUUUGGCUCAUCAAACUGUUCUUCAGCACAGGACUUGAAGCCCGUGGAUGUGUUGCUGCUAGGGAAGAGUCAAAGCCUACAGUCAGAGAGGUCCUCUCUGACCAACAAUGAGCUAAGUGGUGCAUCAGGGAAAAAGGUCAAAGAGUCACUAGAAGGGCCACAGCAUAUUCCGGCUAACCCCAUGAGCACGAACUUGCAGGGUUCUCCCUCCUCGCCAUCCCGGCUGCAUCUGCGCACUGGCAUUAGUAAGGGCAACUCUGAGGAUACAUCUACUGUUGCUGCCAAUGGCACCCAUCACUUCUCACCUUCAGGAAUUGGUAUAGUGGGUGGGCAAGACUUCUUCAGUCCAUCUUCUAUGACAUCAGUAAGCACUGCCUUUCCCCUAGCAGGCAAGAUAGCACUUAACUCCCUGCUCCAUCGGCAGCUCAUGCAGACCUUCUACUCCAAAGCACUGCAGGACUCAGCAUCGUCACCCAGCCCCACAUUGCUCUUCUCUCCAGCCCACUACCCCACAGCCAACUCUCUGUCAGGUAGUCCCCUGUCAUCCCACCAGCCUUUGCAGUCCCAAACUCAUCAGCCAUCAUCCGGCAGCCCUGAUGUCAAUGGCUUGGCCCCUUCUCCCAGUCAAUCAGAAGGAGCAGGGAGUAUCUCUGAAGGGGAUGACAUGGACACAGCAGAGAUUGCACGUCAGGUCAAAGAGCAGCUGAUCAAGCACAACAUCGGCCAGAGGAUUUUUGGCCACUAUGUGCUCGGGUUGUCUCAGGGCUCUGUGAGUGAGAUCCUGGCUAGGCCUAAACCAUGGAAUAAGUUGACCAUCCGGGGGAAGGAGCCCUUCCACAAGAUGAAGCAGUUCCUGUCUGAUGAACAAAACAUCCUUGCGCUGAGAAGCAUCCAGGGACGCCAGAGAGAGAAUCCAGGCCAGAACCUAAACAGAGUGUUUCAGGAGGUUCCGAAGCGACGAACCAGCUCUGAAGGCUCCUCCAGGCCAGGUAACAUCACCACCCGCAUCCGCACUUCAGAGACCAGCUCAGAUGAGGCCAUCAAGUCUAUUUUGGAGCAGGCAAAGAGAGAGCUACAGGUUCAGAAGGCUGUGGACACUUCUCAGCCGUCCCCAACUGGAGGCAGCGGCACAGGAGGCUCCAGCUCAGAUGACACCAUCCACACCAUCCUGGAACAGGCCCGCAAGGAGAUGGAGGCCCAGCAGGCAGCCCUGGAGCCCAUCCUGAAGGCCUCUUCAAUGGGCCCCACUGAUCUGUCCCUGCUCUCUCCUAAACUGUCCCAGUCCUCCUCCACUCCUCUAGCCCUGUCCCUCAAAAAGGCCUCAGGACUGCCCGCCUCCUCACCCUCGCCAUCUUCCUUCCUAGACUUCCAUUCUGGCCUGGUGAAGAAGGAGGGAGGAGAGGGGAUGCUGGGAGAGGUUGCCUUGCAAGGAACAAUGGUGGAUGGGAGAGGCAAACAGGGACGGGGCUCCUGGAGGGAGCAGUGGUGGAACAGUGUGCACCCAGGAAGUUGGACUGUGAGCAAGGUUGAAGAGGUUCGAAAUCCAGAGGACUACAAGGAGAGGCUUCCACGGUUGGCUGGCCACCCCUCCUCCUCCUCCUCCAUGGAUUACUGGAAGGAUUGGCCACGGGCUGACUCUCCAUACUCACAGGCCGGCUCCGAACCCCAGGGCCCCCCAAGCCUUGCUGACACCCCCAACAGCAGCCCAUCACCCUUGGGUCUAGUGACCAGCCUGGGCCCCUUGGGCCCCUUGCUAGUGUCCGGUUCUACUGUGGCAGCUGCUACAACAAAAACCCCAAAGCCGGUGGUGGUGCCGCUGAAGCCGGAGCAGUAUGAGUUCUACAUGUACCAGGAGCUAGACACCCAGGAGCUAACCCAGCAGGUCAAAGACAAGCUGGCCAAGAACGGCAUCUGCCAGCGCAUUUUCGGAGAGAAGGUUCUGGGCCUGUCUCAGGGGAGUGUGAGUGACAUGUUGUCCCGACCCAAACCUUGGGCUAAGUUGACCCAGAAAGGUCGCGAGCCCUUCAUCCGCAUGCAGCUGUGGCUCAACGGUGAACUAGGCCACAAUGUCUUGCCAUUACAGAGCCAGCCACAAGAGAACACUCCUAAGACCUCUGCUAGCUGCAGCCCUGCUCCAGAGUCACCCCUGAGCUCGGUGGAGGACUCGGUUAAGAGCCUGGGAGAGCAAGUGACGACAAGCUGCGAAGGGCUAGGUGGCGAUGGCGGGGAGGUGGUGCCAGCUGGGCAUGAGCCUCCCACCAGGGAGGCGAGUGAACCCAGCGAGUUUCAGCCAAGCAUGCCACUGCCCAUCACCAGUCACUCAGGCCUCAGCAUCCAAGAGUUGGUGGCCAUGUCCACAGAGCUGGAUACCUACGCAAUCACCAAGAAGGUGAAGGAGGUCCUGACUGAUAACAACCUGGGUCAGCGUCUGUUUGGUGAAACCAUCCUUGGCCUCACGCAGGGCUCUGUGUCGGACCUACUGGCAAGGCCCAAGCCCUGGCACAAACUUAGUCUCAAGGGCCGAGAGCCCUUUGUCCGCAUGCAGCUGUGGCUCAGCGACCAGCGCAGCGUGGAGAAGUUGAUGGACAUGAAGCGCAUGGAGAAAAAAGCCUACAUGAAGCGGCGCCACAGCUCAUUGAGCGAGGGCCACGGUAGCGCAGAGAGUAUCCUGCCAGUGCCAGACCACAGCCAAGGGGCUAGCCCUCAGGAUGGGGCCCAGCAACAGCUGCAGCUGCAGCAGCUGACACAGCCCCAUCUGAAAAAGCCUCGCGUGGUGCUGGCUCCAGAGGAGAAGGAGGCCCUGAAGAGGGCCUACCAGCAGAAGCCUUACCCCUCACCCAAAACCAUUGAGGAGCUGGCAUCCCAGUUGAACCUCAAGACAAGCACAGUCAUCAACUGGUUCCACAAUUAUAGGUCUCGGAUACGGCGGGAACUGUUCAUUGAAGAGAUCCAAGCUGCAGCGAGUGAAGGUAGCUCCCCAUCCAGCCGUGUUGCCAAGGCCAGCGAGGGUGACUACUGCGACGGCACAGAGUCAGAUGGCACAGUAGAGAGCCGUCAGAGCCUGGAUUUGGGCCCCACAGGAGGAGUAAACUCGGAUGUCGACAGUAGGCCGGACCUGAUGGAGGAAGGUACUGUUGGUUCCACUGUCAGCAGCAGCGAGCACAGGGGCGGUGCCCUGGAUAGCCUGUUCGGCAUCCCUGACAAUAGUCACUCUUCUUCUGUAGUAGCCUCCUCUGCUGCUGCCUUUAACCCCCAUGAUAGCAGCGUGCGAAAGAAGAAAGCCGCCAACCUUAAUAAUAUUAUCUACCGUUUAGAAAAAGCUGCCAGUAAAGACGAGCCUCACGAAUGGGAGUUCUAAUACGUUCCUUCCUUGACAAUAAUGGGGGGUGAGAGAUCCUAUUUUUUUAGUGCCCUGACUGCAGAGUUCAAGGCCAAGCCAGGUGCAGCUGUUAUCAGAUGUGAACUGGCCUCUUCUAAGACAUUUUCAUACCGUAGAGGCUGUAUGGGGCUUUGGGUUCUGAGUGAGAUUAACUGAAUGCAAAAACCUAGGGUUUUUUUUUUGGUUUUUGGUUUUUUUUUUGGUUUUUUUUUCGGAGAUAAAGGAAAAAAGUGAAAAGCACUUAAAACACAGCCCUGCUGGCCACAGGGCCUUAAAACUAUUGGCCAAAGGUGUCAAAGAG